ACUGCACAAUGACGUCAUUGCGUCAGCGCCCGUGAGUGUGUGCGUCGGGACGGGGGCACGGAACUGCUGUAGGGUCGACGAGUAGUCGGAGAUGAAAGAGAAGGAUGGAAGUGAAACAGCGGUUUUUUAAAUCGAGACACUGACUUGUCUGCAACAAUAAUAUUUGUAGUGUCAAUACGGAGCGAAUGUUGCAUGAGGACUCGCAGAAGAGGGGCUUUAAUCGUGGUAAGGUAGUGAAUGUAAGGAGAGUUGGGGAGGGCUGUAGCUUCUGGGGCUUUUUUGGAGAGGGAAAACAACAUGGCUGCGGUGGAGCUCGAAUGGAUCCCAGAAACGCUGUACAACACUGCUAUCUCGGCUGUGGUGGACAACUACAGCCGGUCAAGAAGGGACAUACGGUCCCUCCCAGAAAACAUACAGUUCGACGUCUAUUAUAAGCUCUACCAGCAGGGCCGACUCUGCCAGCUGGGGGGAGAGUUCUGUGAGCUGGAGGUGUUUGCUAAAGUGCUGCGGGCUUCAGACAAAAGACACCUCCUGCACCACUGUUUCCAGGCCCUGAUGGACCAUGGUGUGAAAGUAGCCUCAGUUCUGGCAAACUCCUUCAGCCGCCGCUGCUCCUACAUCGCUGAGUCUGACGCCCACGUCAAAGAGAAGGCCAUCCAGUUUGGCUUUGUGCUGGGUGGCUUCUUGUCUGAUGCGGGCUGGUAUGGAGAUGCAGAGAAAGUGUUUCUGUCGUGCCUGCAGCUGUGCACGCUCCACAGUGAGGUCCUCCACUGCUACCGGGCUGUGGAAUGCUGUGUCAGGCUGCUUCAUGUCCGUAAUGGCAACUGCAAGUACCACCUGGGGGAGGAGACCUUCAAGCUUGCUCAGUCUUACAUGGACAAACUAGCCAAACAUGGCCACCAGGCCAACAAGGCAGCGCUGUACGGCGAGCUCUGUGCCUUGCUCUUUGCCAAAAGCCACUAUGACGAGGCGUACAGGUGGUGUAUAGAGGCUAUGAAGGAAAUUACUCCAGGGCUGCCUGUCAAAGUAGUGGUUGAUGUCCUUCGCCAGGCAUCCAAGGCCUGCGUGGUGAAAAGAGAGUUCAGAAAAGCAGAGCAGCUGAUCAAACAUGCAGUGUUUCUAGCAAGAGAACAUUUUGGACACAAGCAUCCCAAGUACUCCGACACGCUGCUAGAUUAUGGAUUUUACUUAUUAAAUGUGGACAACAUAUGCCAAUCGGUUGCUAUUUACCAGACAGCUCUGGAUAUCCGACAAUCUGUCUUUGGGGGGAAGAACAUCCAUGUUGCCACAGCCCAUGAAGACCUGGCCUACUCCUCAUAUGUGCACCAGUACAGCUCUGGGAAAUUUGACAAUGCUCUAUUCCAUGCAGAACGUGCCAUAGACAUCAUAACUCACAUUCUGCCUGAGGACCAUCUUCUGCUGGCCUCCUCUAAGAGAGUCAAAGCCCUGAUUCUGGAAGAAAUUGCCAUCGACUGUCACAAUAAAGAGACGGAAGAGCGCCUCCUGCAGGAGGCUCAUGACCUGCACCUCUCCUCACUGCAGCUGGCCAAGAAGGCUUUCGGAGAGUUCAACGUACAGACAGCCAAACACUAUGGCAACCUCGGACGACUCUACCAGUCCAUGAGGAAGUUUAAAGAGGCAGAGGAGAUGCACAUCAAAGCCAUCCAGAUUAAGGAGCAGCUACUGGGCCACGAGGACUAUGAGGUGGCUCUGUCUGUGGGUCACCUGGCCUCCCUCUACAACUAUGACAUGAACCAGUACGAAGAUGCAGAGAGGCUCUACCUGCGCUCCAUCGCUAUCGGUAAAAAGCUGUUUGGUGAGGGUUACAGUGGGCUGGAGUAUGACUACCGAGGCCUGAUCAAACUCUACAACUCAGUGGGAAACUACGAGAAGGUGUUCGAAUACCACAACGUACUGUCCAACUGGAACCGGCUGAGGGACCGGCAGUUUGCAGUGGCGGAUGCCCUGGAGGACGUCAACACUACACCCCAGCAGACCCAGGAGGUGGUACAAGCUUUCCUAUUGGCCCAGAGCCUAGGCCCCACCCGCCCCUGUCUCGGCUGAUUGGUUGGCAGAAUGAGAAGGAGAAGAGAGGGGGGAAAAGAGACAAAUGGGUGGGUUUUAGCCUGGUGUGGACAUGAUUUGAGCCCAAAAUGUGAUGCUUCAGUUUCACACCGAUUAGUAACACAGCAAAUUCAAACAUCUUCGGCAGCUUGGUUGACUUCAUAUGCUGCCAGUACACACACACAGACAUACACGUUUUCAUGGAAUUAAAAAAAAGAAUAAAUAGAGAAGACACUUAUCAAACCUCAUCAACACACUCUCACCACCAAGAUGCAGUCACUGCAUUUCUCCAACAGAAAGAGGACACAUGCCUGAGACUGGGGACUCGAAAAAGAAAUGGCAGACGUCUAUAAGGAUGACGCACGACCUCCUCGCCUCUCAUCUCACUCGCCUUUUUCUUCCUGGACAGCAGUUUUUUGCUUUUGUACCGUACCAGUGUAGCUCAGAUCUCCGGGAGCGUCAUCACAAAACAGAACCUGUGUUCUCAAGAGCUGCACGACAGCAUCUGUGGAAUACCUGCACAUUCAUCAGCAUCAUCACUUGGCAGAUCACAGCUGGAAAUAGUUGGAUAUUUUUGACACUUGUACAGUUAAAGAAAAUACAGAUUGUGCACUUGAGUUUUAUUUGAAGGCUUUUUGUUGUUGUAUUUUUUUUUUUCUUUGCAAAUAACUGAACGUGAACCCUCAAAGUUGCGUGGAGGAGAAUGUGAUAACACCAGGUGUGGUUUUUACACACAACAGGUUUUCACAGGUCUUUUUUUUUUUUUUCCAGCUUAGUACUGACAUAGCAUCAUUAAAAUGCCAAUAAUUUAUAUGCAAACAUAUAUGUUUAUGUAGCCCUUUGUUUAUGUUUUCUUACUGAAUUGGCUCAACACUAUAAUAACAAGGGACACGGAUGGGAGGGCAACGAGGAAGCUGCUACAUGUGCAAAGGCUCCGAAGCCUCGCUUUGUUCAUCUUGAGGCUGUAUGUGUGAGUGAGUGAGUGUAACACACAACUCUGGGUGCCCAAGUGCUCCACCGAUGACUACCAGCCUUACACCAGCUUGCAGUUAUCUGUCUGUAGACGGACCCAUAUUUUUAAGUGCUAAAUAAACUAUUAUAUCCUUAAUGGCGCUACAGUGGGGACCAAUAUUGUGUGCUUGUGUGCGUGUUUGUGUAGCAGCCUGAUUAUUGUGCAUGUGGCCUCUCUGCUUCACACCCUCCUGUCAGAAAAUCCCAUUAAAGAAAAGUUCCUGAAUGUUUUUCUGUUACUGGCCCAUCGUUCAGAGUCUCACUGUCCAGAAUCUCAUCUGUUGCUUUAUUUAAAAGCUCAGCGGUCAUGCUUAGAAGGAUGCUGGUUUUCAGUUAUACUUGACAUCUUAGCUCUAUAGCAGGGGUGGGGAACUCCAGGCCUCGAGGGCUGGCGUCCUGCAGGUUUUAGAUGUGUCCUUCAUCCAACAUGACUGGUUUAAAUGGCUAAAUUAAAAAGUUCUCCAGAGGCCUGACAAUGAACUAAUCAUUUGAUUCAGGUGUGUUGACCCAGGGUGAUCUCUAAAGCCUGCAGGACACCAGCUCUACAGCUGCCAUGUUGGUAUUUUAAAGCUCACUUAGGCUCUCUAGUGGACAAAGUAUGUAAUGGCCAUUACAUACUUUGUAUCGAAAGGGCUUUAAAGGAACAUAUUCUUAUUUUUAGACUGUAAUAUUGUAUUUUUUUCAUUAUUCUCAGUUCUAAAUAAUCCUUAUUGAUCUUAUCCUGAGGCUUGGGGCAGCCACUCAAGUCAGUGUCUAUCUGAAAAACAGCUCUUUUAGUGCCUCUGCCUCACUUAAAGCCAACUUUCUUCUGCCUGUCACAAAUGGUUUAACCAGCAGGUGUGUAGCCAGAGCUGUGUGCGUGAUCAUGUUAAUGAGUUUGGCUCUCACUGACAUGAGAAAAGAAAACAGUUGAACACCUAAUUGGUCCAUUGUAAACCUGUUUGGAUUUUUUUUCUGUAUAUUUGGAGUGAGCUACAGUGCUGUGACAAAGUAUUUGCCUCCUUCUGAUUUCUUCAUUUCAUGCAUAUUUGUCACACUGCAGUGAUUAAGAUCAUCAGACAACAUUUAAAAUGAGAUAACAUAUGUUUUUAAUUGAUUUGUGAUUUUUGUUGAGGGAAAAAUGUACCUGAACCUACCUGGCCCUGUUUGAAAAAGGAAACAAACAUAAACAGCCUGUAUAAAAGAACAUCAUACCAAGAGUUGGGCACGGUGGUGGGAGUGGGAGUGGGAGUGGGCCGGGGCUGCUUGGCUGAUUAAGGAUCUGGAUGGAAAAAUUAAUUCUGCUCUCAACCAGAAAAUCCUGAAGGAAAACUUUUGUGACGUGCAGCUCGAGCGUGCUUGGGUUACACAGCAGGACAACGCAAUCUAAAAUAUACCAGCAAGUCCAUGACCUUAGGCUGUUCAUGCCCAAUACCCUGCCAGUGCUGCUCAUUUCAGACAUUUUCUGCCAAAAUUCCUCCAUACUCAACCAGUUAUUAGAUGUUAGGCCAGGUAGGUUUGGAUAACUUUGUUCCCUUAAUCAUAAUUCAAAAGCUACAUUUAGAGCUUGUUCUGGUUAUCUCUGUGUAUUAACAUUUCUAUGAUGACCUGAAAGUGAGACAAAUAUGCGAAAUAUAAUGUCUAUAUCAAGAACGGGGCAAGCACUUGUUCACUGCUCUGUUUAUGUACCUGUGAUCCUGUAAAGCCUUCCACUUCAGAUGCUUUCAGUCUAAUAUUUAGUCAGUCCACAGGUUGGGAAUCACCAGCUUCUCUGGAUGGGAUUUUUUCAUUAGUGCAAUCAUGGACCCUUGUUUCACUAAAGCAGUCUGUCAGGUAAAGGAGAAAUGGCUAAUGCAGUAUUUUCUGUGAACUGACCACUUGAAGAGAUGCUGCGUAACAGUGGUGUGAAGAAAAGCAGGGAUGCAUCCUGUAGCAGAGAGAUGACGGAUGAGAUUUUGCACAGUUGAGGCUGAACACAGGCUGUGGAGAUGAUGUGCAACA